CCGCCAAGAUGGCGUCCAUGCGGGAGAGCGACACGGGCCUGUGGCUCCACAACAAGCUGGGGGCCACCGACGAGCUGUGGGCGCCGCCCAGCAUCGCCUCCCUGCUCACGGCCGCGGUCAUCGACAACAUCCGUCUCUGCUUCCACGGCCUGUCGUCGGCCGUGAAGCUCAAGCUGCUGCUUGGAACGCUGCACCUCCCGCGCCGCGCUGUGGACGAGAUGAAGGCUGCCCUGACGGAGAUCAUCCAGCUCGCUACCCUGGAUUCGGACCCCUGGGUCCUCAUGGUGGCUGACAUUUUAAAGUCCUUUCCUGACACAGGCUCGCUUAACCUCGAUCUUGAGGAACAGAACCCCAACGUUCAGGAUAUUUUGGGAGAACUCAGAGAAAAGGUGGGCGAGUGUGAGGCAUCGGCCAUGCUGCCCCUGGAGUGCCAGUACCUGAACAAAAAUGCCCUGACCACCCUGGCUGGACCCCUCACGCCCCCUGUGAAGCACUUCCAGCUGAAAAGGAAGCCCAAGAGCGCCACGCUGCGAGCAGAGCUCCUACAGAAAUCCACCGAGACCGCCCAGCAGCUGAAGAGGAGUGCAGGAGUGCCCUUCCAUGCCAAGGGCCGCGGGCUGCUCCGCAAGAUGGACACCACAACCCCACUCAAAGGCAUCCCGAAGCAGGCGCCGUUCCACAGCCCCACGACCCCCAGUGUCUUCAGCCCAGCUGGAAACCGGACCCCCAUUCCGCCAUCAAGGACACCGCUGCGGAAGGAGAGGGGUGUGAAGCUGCUCGAUAUUUCUGAGUUGGGUUCGGUUGGCGCUGGCCGGGAGUCAAAGAGAAGAAGAAAGACUGUAGAUGCAGAGGUGGUGGAAAAGCCAGCCAAGGAGGAGACGGUUGCAGAGAAUGUCACCCCGGACUAUGCGGCCGGCCUGGUGUCCACGCAGAAACUUGGGUCCCUGAACAAUGAGCCAGCGCUGCCCUCCACCAGCUAUCUGCCUGCCACCCCCAGCGUGGUUCCAGCAUCCUCCUACAUACCCAGCUCCGAGGCACCUCCAGCACCGUCUUCCCGGGAAGCCAGUCUGCAGGCCAGCCGGCCCCCUGAGGAGCCUAGCACCCCGAACCCCACGCUUCCGGCCCAGUUCAAGCAGAGGGCACCCAUGUACAACAGCAGCCUGAGCCCAGCCACAGCUACGCCCACACCCGUGUCUGCCACCCCCACCCUGCCCCUGACACCCACCACGCCUCCAGCCAUCGCCCCUGCAGCCCAGACACCCCCAGUGGCCAUGGUGGCCCCGCAGACCCAGCCCCCAUCCCAGCAGCAGUACCGGAAGAAAUUGUCCCUCUCGGCGGAACAGAUGUGUGCGGCUCAAGAGAUGUUCAAGACGGCCAACAAAGUCACGCGGCCCGAGAAGGCGCUAAUCCUGGGCUUCAUGGCAGGCUCCCGAGAGAACCCAUGCCAGGAGCAGGGGGACGUGAUCCAGAUCAAGCUAAGCGAGCAUACGGAGGACCUACCCAAGGCAGAUGGCCAGGGCAGCACCACCAUGCUGGUGGACACGGUGUUCGAGAUGAACUACGCCACAGGCCAGUGGACGCGCUUCAAGAAGUACAAACCCAUGACCAAUGUGGCCUAG